AUGCCUUCCCUGCACCACGGAACAAUCUUCAUCGGAGCCUUCCUCAUCGUGACCGGAGGCUCCACAGCCUUCCUGGCCUCGUCCCAGAGCCGCCUGCAGGCGUUCUCCCUCUGCUGCGUGGUGCUCGGGGUGGUCAUGCUCAUCCUGGGGCUGUUCUGGGCCAUGAACAGCAAGAGUGCCGCCAACUACAACCACCGGGAGUUCGACCCAGAGUGUCCACAUUAUCCGUACGACUACCCCAACUUCGGCGGCCAUGCCCUCUUCACACCCCCGGGGAACCGCUUCCCAGAAUCCCAGUCGGUGUUCCUGCCAAGGACGAUGGAGCGCCACAGGCAAGGUGCUCGGGCUGAGGAUUUCGACUACCCUCCCAUGGACCCUAGUGGUUUCAGUCCGACGCCUCACCCUCCCCUGUGGCAGGAACCCCCGCCUCCCUACGAGGUCGCCAUCAAGACCACGUGCAGCUCCACACACCUGCGGCGCGCAUACUCGGACACACACCUGGCCUCGGAGCCCCUGUUUGGACGCUCAAGAGAGAUCAGCUUUGAGGUGUGA